AUGCAUGUCACAGUUCGAAUUCCCAGUACCACACAGGAUAUGCCCACGGCAAUCAUGAAAUGCAGUACCACGGUGUGGGCAGCAGGUACCAAAACAGCUAGCUGUCCAGCUGCCGACACCAAAACAAGGGAAGUCGUUAACCGAAACCGAGCCGAUCAGAAAAAAAGGCAGAACGACCCAGCCUACUUCCCGAACGGUGAGCACACAGGUAACCUAACAUCGGUUAAAAAUAAUGAAUACAGUCCAUUCACGAACCGUUUUAAUACACACACACACUCCGACAGACACGGACCGAAAAUGGGGUUUGUGGUGGACAAAGUGUCAGAAGACUCCUUUUACGAAAACCUGCUGCUGGGCUUGUCCAAAGUCCUGGAGAGAAGCCCUUGCGUCUCUAACCUUUCCCUGAAACGAAUACCGGGUGUUCGACAGAUGGAAAUCCGUUCUUGGGAGCACAAUAACGGGAUAAUCCUACCAGAAGACUUGAGAGCUUUUUAUUCCUCCACCAAUGGCUUUCUCUAUACCUACGAUUUUUCUUAUGAUUACACUAGCACCGAGGAAGGAAAACGAUUCACCAGACAAGGAAAAAUAGAGGUAAAUCCUUUGUCGGAAUUGAUAAGGACCUACGGCUACGAAACGAAGAACGUCUCCCAAAUCGAAAAAACCGGCACAAAGUACAAACUCACCCUGUCCAGGGACAGCCAAGUGUACGAACUCUGCACGGUAGACGAAAACGCCAAAGUGGUCCUGGUCUACAUCAACUCCUACUCUAUACCGAGCGUCUGGCUCUACACCAACUCCAUGACCUUCAACCGCCUGUCGGAAGACUUUACGACGUACAUGCGCAUGUGCAUAGCCCACUUGGGCAUACCCUGCUGGCAGUACACGGUGGCCAGGGAAGGGCUGCCAGACUGGGCCAGGGAAAUGUUCGUUUUGCUGGCGCCAGGUGUGCUCAGGGAGGACCAGAACCUCAUCGAGACGCCAAAGUUCGACGUUGACGUCUUGAAUCGAAUCGACGCCAAUAUUUUCUCUUUGCAUUCGGUGAGCAACGACAGGGGCGCUGUUGUCAAGGCCGUGCAGCAGGAUAAGAGCGCUAAGGAGAAGAAGAAGAUUGUGCCGAGGAGACAUAUGAGCGCUAAAGCUGGGAAGAAGAGUGGGCUGGACAAAUAA